AUGCCGGAUACUCAGUUACUUCCAUUGGCCAACAACAAUUGUAGAACUGGAUCAGAGACAAAAGAACAGGAAAUAAGUGGACAGUACAGAAACUUCAUUAGAAUGUCGUCAAUUGAUUUUGAAUAUCUAAUAAAUUUGAUCGGUGAAAAAAUCUCCAAAAAAGAUACGAAUUUCCGAAAAGCCAUUCCUGUGAAAGAAAGAUUAGCUGUUACGCUACGAUUUUUGGCAACUGGUGAUUCCUAUCAAAGUUUGCAGUACCUGUUUAAAAUGUCAAAACAAGUUAUUGGACAGAUUGUUCCUGAAGUAUGCCAAGCAAUUGUGGAAGCUUUAAAAGAAAAUAUACAAAUACCUACGACAUCUGAAGGCUGGUUAGCUAUUUCAGGAGGUUACGAAGAUCGUUGGAAUUUUCCCCAUUGUUUAGGAGCAAUGGACGGAAACAUGUAG